UAAAUAUACGUCAGCUCGCACUGCUGUUUUACGUGAAGUGUGACAACACAGAAUUCAUUCUGUUGUAGAAACAGACUAAACUUGGUGUCUAACUUACCUCAUUACUCAAUUAAAACAGAAAUGAUGAGACUAAGUACCGAGCUAAAAAAAUAGACAAUUAUACGCAGUUAUGCGUCGGGACAAGUGUCGCUGUGAAUUCUAGCCUUGCCUUACCAAAAUUGGUUUGUGGUGCGUGGUCGUCAUUGCUCAAAUCAUUAUUAAAAUAUUGAAUAAUUGCGAACAGUGAACAAAGUGCUAAAAAGCAGUGCUCUCAUCAUGUCGCAGGGCGCUCAGUUAAAACGCAGUCAGAAGACGGAUUUUUCUGCAGCGGCGCCAUUUGUUACAAGAGAGAGAAGUUUUAUUCGUCCUAAUAAAGACCCGCAAAAACGAAGAAGUCAGACAAUGGCUACUAUAAAAGGUAAACCAACAAUGGAAAUAUACCGACCGCCGAAUGUAAGGACCGACUUGCCUAAUGUGUCUGGUAAAUUGAACGUCCACGCAAAGGAAUUCACAAUGAAUCACGAACUGCAUUCAUCUAAAUCCAGCGGGAAUUUAAAUUUAGCCAUGGGCUACGAACCUAUACCCUUGCAGCACUCAAAAUCGAGCGGAAACAUUCUGAGGCAUAUAAACCACCCCGGAUUUGUACCCAUACUUCCUGGUGUACCUCUGCCUCUUUUGCACUCAUCUUCCACAUCACACGUACUGAACCAUAUACCUAGACCGAAUUAUCAAUACGCCGCAGAGAUAAUGGCACAUCCCGUUUUCUCUGGUCUCAAUCAACCGAUUUACCACUCGAACUGGAACAACAACCAAUCCAAACCUAUUAGCAAUGCGCCCAUCGCUUUGAAGAGAUCAAAGAGUUUAGGAGCUACCGAUUCCAAAAAUUUAGCAGCAAAACUCAAGAGUAUCGCCAAAGAGGAAAUUGACCUAAGCAUGUUUUCGUCGGAAGAACAAACAAAUUUGAAGGCUGCCUUAGAAGACCCUAAUCAACUAGCCACGAGAAGUUUAAUGGAUCUAGUAAAGAUCAUUAUGGAAAAAGUAGUGGAAGGGAUAAAAUUUUGUGAACCAAUAGCGAAAUUAUGUAUAUCCAUAAUAGAAAACGAGAAAAACCAAACGUUCUUGGAAUCAUUACUUAACAUGUGCCAACAAUGGUACCAAGAGCGGGAUAAAAUUCUCAGAGGGAUUAAGGCUGGGGACGGUACCAGGUUUACCGCAUUCAUGUGGUUUCUAACAGAAUUAUGCAGCCAAAUUAAAAGACAUCAGCUUAAGGACCAGUUUGAAUCCAUGCAACCUGACCUAGUGCUUCUCUCUAUACUAGCAAAGUGCUGUCAAGCCUGCGUUAGCUUGCCCAUCAAAUGUCUUUCGGAGACGGAAUGUUUAUUUUUCGUUUUAACGUCGAUCGGAAGGGAUUUAGAGGCAGAACUUCCCCAGCAACUCGAGCAACUUUUGGCAAGUGUUAGGGAUGGUUUCUUGGCCAGUGCAGGUUCAACGAGUGUAAGACGUACUCUUUUACAACUUAUAGAAUUGCACGCCUCGAAUUGGCAGCUUCCCGGAUCAUCGGUUUUGUAUUACUAUCCCAGAAUAAAGUGAUUAAUUACUUCGGAUUGUGGAGGAACUUGGACCAAUUUGUUUUUAUACAAUGACUUUAUAAUUUAUCCACUUAACUAUUUUGUUUGUUUUUAUUUAUACAUGUGUCAGAUAAUAAAUAAAAAAUAUU